UCAAGCAGCCAGUCCCAUGCUGCGCAGGGCGGUCGCCGCGGAGGCGCGGCGGCGCAUCUCCCUUGCCCCGGCGAGACUCGCGCACGAGCUCGCGCAGCCUCAGGCUGAGUCGGUAGUCCCCGAGCGGCGCGGCCUUGAGCCGUCAUGGGUCCCGCUCUACAAGAGGAUCUCGAAGGUGUCCCACGGCAGGCCGCCGGGGAUAGUGGCGGCGGAGAUGGACGAAUGGCUCCGCCAGAGGCUCCGGCUCUCGCAGGACCAGGUCCUCGCGUACGUCCGCGAACUAAGGAAGUUCAAGAAGAACGAGGGCGCGCUCGAGCGAUUACGCGACUGCUCACUUCCGAUCGUCUACUUCCUCUACGUCCGCGUCGCCUUCAUCAUCACCAUGUCCACCGACGCCGAACGUGCCGCCGCCGAGAAAGCUGAAGCUGACAAGAAAGCCGCGGCCUCUGCAUGGCCUACUGGAGGGUAUAACUCGUUUAUCCCGCUCCUACUGUUUUCUGUUUUAGCCAUGCUAGCGCUAUAUGUAGAUCUUUCUGCAAUUAGCGUAGUAUGUGCUAGUUUGACUGAAUAUCAGUAUGCGAUUAUAUGUGUCAAUGCCAUGCUAGUGAUUUACUCGUGGAUUAAUUUAAUCGAGAAAUUGCCUAUUUACUCAACAUUGCCAACAGCCACGAUGUUGCUGGACUGGAUGGAAGCUCGUGGAGCAAACUUGAGUCCUGGCCAUCAGGCAGUGCGGCUUGACCUCGUUUCAAAAGUACAUGGGAUACAGGCAGCUGAAGAAUAUUUCUGGAGCCUUCCAGAUAUAUCUAAGUCAGUAAAAACUUAUUCCUGUUUGCUUAACUGCUAUGGUCAACACGGGUUGGCAUACAAAGGUCUGGAUCUCUAUGAGAAGAUGAAAGCCAAAAAUAUGGUUCUAGAUAAACUGGUGUACAACCACUUGAUGAAAUUGUACCAAAAGGCAGGCCAGCCAGAGAAAGUUCGCUCCACAUUCGAAGAAAUGCGAGAAAGUGGUAUAAGUGCUGAUAAAUUUACAUACUUCACCUUGAUAGAAAGCUAUAUCACAAUGAAUGACCUGGACACUGCGGAGAAGAUCCUGGAAGAAUUGCAGAAGGUGGCUCCAGUUCACUGGUCCUUGUACACUCUAAUGGCAAACAAUUACAUUAAAGUAGAGCUGUUUGGCAAGGCAGAAGUUGCCCUAAAGAAAGCUGAGGAAGUUAUGGACAAGGCUGAGUUGCACCCCUGGAAUGUCAUCCUCUCCUUACAUGCCCUUUGUGGCAAUUCAACCGAGGUGAAGAGGAUCUGGGAGUCGUUGAAGUCCACAUUCAAGAAGUGCUUGAACAGAAGCUAUCUUGUGAUGCUUCAAGGUCUGAGUAUGAUUGAUGACUUUGAGUCUUUGCAGCAAAUCUUCCAGGAGUGGCAAUCGAAUCAUGAACAUUAUGACACAAGGAUAGCAAAUGUUAUGAUCAAGGCUUACCUUGAUAAGGGUAUGAGAGAUGAAGCUGAGGCUAUCCGUCAGAGCACAAUGGCUCAGGGUCAUUGCGACGAGGGGAUGGUUUACAUAUUUACUGAGUUCUAUUUGGAUAAAUCUGGUGUUAACACGGCACUGGAGAUCUUGAGAGAUGCAAAGAACAUGGUGACGGCGCACAAAUGGGUGCCAUCGAAAGAGCUUGUGAGUAGAUUUCUGAAGCACUAUGAAGAGUCAAAGGAUGUUGCUGGUGCAGAGUCUUUUCUUGAGUGCCUGAAGAAGCUUGAAUGCCUUGAUCCAGACGCUUAUGAGGCCAUGAUGCAGACCUAUGUAGUUGCAGGUAGAACCUGA